AUGGCGGACGUACCACUUGUUGUGGUCUCCGAGAACUCGUCAUCAGAGCGCCGCAUCACCCCGUCAUGGUCGAUCAGUACACUCAAGGCAAAGCUGGAGACAAUCACGGGAAUACCUCCUUCGGCCCAAAGGAUUCUCCUCAAGACUGCGGCCGAGGGUAGCAUACCCAUCGAGGCCAGCGAUGAGGACUCAACAGAUCUCAGCGCAUUCCGCUUGACUGCGUAUGCUGAACUACAAGUUAUCGACACACGACCUCCUGGGGCCAGGCCAAACUACACAGAUGCUAGCGGCGUGGAGAAGUAUGUCAUGCCAGAGGAAGAAUACGCCAAGAAAACUGAUUCUGUGCUCGCUUGGAAGAAAGCCGAGAAGUUGGGUCGAUUUGAUCCCGACGCCCCCAGCAAGGAGCAAGCCAAGAUUGCUGCAUUCGCCGAGGAGGUGCGCAGUCGGGACAUCGAGGUCGGGAAGCGAUGCCGCGUUGGAGGCGACGACACACGAAGGGGCACAGUCAUGUAUGUUGGCGACGUGAAGGAGAUUCCCAAUGGCUCAGGCGCGUGGGUAGGCGUCCAGCUUGAUGAGCCCGUCGGCAAGAACGACGGCAGUGUCAACGGCGCCAGGUACUGGGGCGAGCCUUCGGGCUUGAAGCACGGUGUGUUUGUUAGGCCCGAGAGGGUGGAGACUGGCGACUAUCCUGCGAUGGAUGAUCUGGGCGAUAUGGAGGAAAUUUGA